AUGCCCGUGGGGUCCCGGAGGGGUCCGGCCGCGCCACAAGGUGAAGAGAUCGACGUGGUGACGGUGGACAAGAGACAAUCGCUCGGCCUGAGGAAGCCGGUCACCAUCACGCUGCGUGCCGACCCCCUGGACCCCUGCAUGAAACGCUUCCACAUCUCCGUCCACCAGCAGCAGCACAACUACGCCGCCCGCUCGCCGCCGGACUCCUGUCCCCCUCCCGAGUCACCCCAGCAGGACCAGGAGGAGGACGAGCCACCCAGCGCUGCGGAGCCAGCCCCUGCCGUGAGCCUGCCUGAGCCUGGCUUGCCAAAACCCAGCAGCAGCCCCGGCUCGGACAGCGAGGACGUGGCCAAGAGGAAAAACCACAACUACCUGGAGCGCAAGCGGCGCAACGACCUGCGCUCACGCUUCCUGGCCCUGCGGGACCAGGUACCCGGGCUCGCCAGCUGCCCCAAGACCCCCAAAGUGGUGAUCCUGAGCAAAUCCUCGGAGUACCUGCAGUCCCUCAUCAGCGCCGAGAGGAGGAUGGCAGCCGAGAAGCGGCAGCUGCAGCUGCGCCAGACCCAGCUGCUCAAACGGAUUGCUCACCUUAAGGGGCACUAGCAGUCGGUGUGCCCCCCACUCUGGUCCCCACAACCCCCCAGCUCCUUCUCAAUUUGCACAUUUUUGAAUUUUUUGGUUGCUUGUUGAACCGUUGGCUCCGGGGGCUGGAGCGCGUGGCAAUGGCUGCGGGAACGGGUCCAGAGCAGAGACCCAUCCCCAGCAUCACCGACCUGGGGUUGGCUUCCUGGCGCUGGGUGUUCCAAAAUUCCCCUUGUCCCUGCUGCGAAGCUUCCUCAGAGACUGCUCCAGGUCAAGAGCUCAGAUUUCUUCCCCCUCCCCAGCAGCCCCUGCACCCCUCUCUGCCAUUUGCCACUCACAGCAUUUCUGGGAGCUACGCCUGGGCAUCCACCUCACCCUAAAAAUCCCAAGCAACCACGUCUGCCUUGGCUCCUGGAAGCAGGCAGACACAGAGCCCAGCACGGGGCUGUCCUCUGGAGGGAUCCCAGGGAGAUGGUGACGGCAGGAUGUGUCUCUCACUGGGAUGAACAGCACCCCGUGGGCAAUCCCCUUGCUCGGCUGGACCGUACCUCACUUCCUUGUCACUUCACGCAGUAGCUGGUCCUGGAUUUUAUCUUCUAGAAACUGCUGCUGUAACUGCGAGUCUUAUACUGGAGGCUGUGUUUUUAUACUGUAUUUUUGUACCACUUUUUGAGAAGUAUUGGUAAAGAGUUUGCUUUUUUAUAUAUAUAUAAAUAUAUAAAAACUUUUUUUUUUUUUUAAGGGGGAUUUCCUGCUGUGGGGGAGGGCUCAGUCCUGCUGCACUUUAGGGAGAUCAGGAAGGGGCUGGUUCCUGCUGGACCCUUGAGCUGAGUCCUCGCAGAGUCCAUUCACCCCCUUGCAGCUCUCCAAACCACCCAUUUGCAAUAACAGGGAAUUUUAUCCCUCUCCCAUCCUUGUGAGCAUCCUUGUGACCCUUUUUUUCCCCCCACCUUUGUGAGUUCUUCACCAGCAGCCACUUAAAAUCCCCAGCAAAGGUUGGGCUGCGCUACCUUCCCUGUCUGUGCCCUCCUGCUGCCCAGCCUGUGGGGGGAUGUGGGUGGCAGAGUCCCCUGUCCCCUCCCAGGGGUGCUGGCAGGGGUGGUCCCAUGGGAUGGCACCCUGGGGUCCCUGCUGACCUGCUGAGAACUGUUAGAGUUAACACUGGUUGGAUUUAGCACUUUCUUCAUUACCUCAUACUUCAUAAAUAAAUAAGUUUGCAACA